AUGCGUUGUGAGUCUAUGGCGCGAGCUAAGUUGAGUGUCCUUGAGCAAGACACAAUUGGCCAGCAUGUGAUUGAUGGGCCUUUUGUUCAUUCAUCUAAUGCUGGUAAACUUCGAAAAGUGUUCUACGACAAAUAUAACGUCACAGAUUUUGUUGAGAAGAAUCUUUAUGAUCAAAGAGAUGUCGACAAUGUGGCUUCAAAUGAUUUAUACGUCCGACAAUUUAUCAGAGACUUUGAGACAUUGGAAGAGGCAGCAAACAGACUUCAUGAGACAAUGAAAUGGAGAAAAGAAUUAGAAAUAAAUGAUUUGCGCGAAACAAUGUUUGACAGAUGGAUAUUUGACGUUGGAGCAAUUUUUUGGUGCAACCAUGACAAAGACGGCAGGAGAGUUUUGAUUAUCAGAGUAAAGCUACAUAAGAAAGACACUGAAAAGCUUCAUGGAGUUAAGAAAUUUUUUGCAUAUCACCUUGAGGCUAUUUAUAAGGAGGAGCCAACAAAAGAGAUUGUGAUGCUAUUUGACAUGUCAGAGGCAGGUUUGUCAAAUUUGGACAUGGAAUUGAUCAAAUAUGUGAUCACUUGCUUUAAAGUUUAUUAUCCAGUUCUUCUAGGAUACAUGUUGGUUUAUGAGAUGCCCUGGUUAUUCAAUGCUGCUUGGAAGAUCAUCAAAGCCUGGUUAAGUCCACAGGCGAUAAAGAAAAUCAAAUUUGUAGGCAAAAGUGACAUCCAGGAAUACAUCAAUAAGGACCAACUCAUGGAACACAUGGGAGGCACUGACAAAUUUGUGUUUAAAUAUAUCCCACCAGAUGAAAGGGGAGAGGAUGAAAACAAACUGAAAAAAAGGGUGACAUUUGCAGAGUCUGCUAAAACUACAGAUGGGGAUGGAUCUCCAGACACACCACACGGCAAAAGUAGUCUGAGCACAAGGAAAAUAGGUAUACGUGGGACCACUGGAAAGAUGGAUUCAGGGGCAGAUAACUCUUUCAUUGGUAGGCUGCUGACCAUCAGUCCUGCUGAAGAACUAGAAUUUAUCAUUGAUGAAAGUGGAAAAGAAGCAUAUGAUACCAUAUCACUGAAGAACACUUUACCGUACCCAAUUGCAUACAAAGUAAAGACAACAUCUCCUGAAAAGUAUAAAGUGCGACCAUGUUUUGGUGUGGCCAAGCCUGGAAGUACUGUUGUGGUGUAUGUGUACUUACAACAAGGCUUUGAAAACACCAUAUGUAAGGACAGAUUCCUUGUCAUGGCCAUGGAGGUGACCACUGAUUCACAGGAAAAGCUGGCUGAGUUGUGGAAGACUAUUCCAAAGGAAAACGUCAUGGAGCACAAGUUGAGAUGUGUGCAGUCAACAAAGACUUUGCAGGGACAAAAUGCUGGAGCAAGUUCGAACUCAGAUGAAAAUGUGCAGACACUUUCACAAAAGGUUGAUGACCUGAUGGUGAGUACCCGACAGACGCAGUGGAUGCUGAAGGCCCUGGGGGCACUGCAGCUUGUCAUCAUGUUUAUGUUGUUUGUCGUUCUCUUCCUUCACUACCAAUCCCAACCUGACUCAAGGGCUAACUACAGUUCCUGUCCCGGUGCAAUGUGGUGAUACUGUAUUUUACUGAAAUCAAACUGGUGCUUCCUACAUAUAAUGAUCUAAUCAUCACUCUAGGAGUAUGAAAAACCUUGGAGAUUUUAUUUCAAUGAUAUAAGCAACUAAUUAAAAUAUUACAAAUUAUAGAAAACAACUUUAUUUUCAUUAUUGAUAUUCUUUGAUUGAAAACUUAUACAUGAUAAUCAA